UAAAAUGGUUAGCGGAUAGCAGGGGCCGACUCAGAAACGAUUCGAACCGCCUUGAUGGAGGUUCUUUGCAAAAUAUUAGCAGUAUGCACGCUGCUCGUCAGUGCCCAGGCGUUCGUGGCAGUGGAGCCAGCCAGCUCCAGCGAGCUGUCCUGGAAGUCCCUCUUCUUUGAUGCCCUCGUGGGAAACUCCGAUGAGUUGCAGGCUGCAGGAUCCCUGGGCAGCCUUGAGGAGUGCACGGCUAUCUACACGGUGGAAAAUGUCGAGAUCCUCCUAAGUGCCGGCUACAAGAUACGCCGCUGCGUCAAGGUCGCUGAGAAGGACAUUCGUAGCUUCCUGAAGGAUGCCACCCACACAAAGAAGGAAUUCGAGCGGGAGCUGCGCUCCUGCCGGAGCCGCGAUUGCUACGUGGACUCGAUCAUGAACCUGUUCAGUUCCGUCCGCCUCAGCCGUCACGACUACAGGCGCAGCAGGCACUGCAUCCUCAAGGAGGUGGAACAGGCUCUCGUUCAGCUGGACAGGGCGUCCAUCGUCCUCGCCAACUGCCUCGCAGACCAGCAGCCACCCCAGAACAGCACUCUGCCCCCGCCCAUCUGGAAUACGACACACACCACUCCCAACUGGAACUGGAACACCACUUCCGGUCCAAAUUUGAACACGACCGAAGGUCCCUGGUGGAACAAUACAACCGUUGGACCAAACUGGAACACAACCGAAGGUCCAUGGUGGGGUAAUAGCACCUCCGGUCCGAACUGGAAUACUACCUCCGGUCCCUGGUGGAAUAUUACCACUGGCGGUCCAAACUGGAACACAACGCAAUGGCCCAAUACCAAUACGACCCCUAACUGGACCUUGUCCACCCCUGUACCCAACUGGAACACAACACAAGGUCCAUGGGGGAACAAUGGAACUACUCUUGGGCCAAACUGGAACACCACCGUCCUUGAGCCACAGUGGAACUCAACCAAUGGAAUACCACAGAACCGAACAACCACCGAAGGACCGCAAUGGAAUGCAACCACAACCGAGGAGCCUGCCACCACACAAGGAAACUGGUGGGAUAAGCUCAUGAACGAGGUUGGGUCCCUGUUCUAGGCAGCCCCACGAGGCAGAGUCACGUCCCAAAGUCUAGUUUGGUGACGGCAAAUAGUUGCUGUAGCAAAUAAAUCAAAGCAAAAAAUAUAAAUA